CAUUCCAACCAAGACAACCACCUUCGAGACCCCUCUUCCCACCCCAAGCUUAACGAUCCGCUGCGAUUCAGCUGUCAUAAGAGAUCCGCAACCCUUGUACUCGACGAGAGCCCGAAGCCACGUUUCGUCCAAGCCCGGAGGAUGCAGGUUCCUCUCAUUCGGCUCCAAUGCGGGGCUAAUUCCUAUGAGUGGGGGAAGAAGGGCAGCGCGUCUGCAGUUGCGAGGUUCGCGGCGGCGACGCCGUCUGACGACUUCGCAGUCCAAGAUGAUCGGCCAUAUGCGGAGCUCUGGAUGGGGACCCAUCCGUCCAACCCGUCCAAAGACGUGACGACCGGCCGCACCUUGCUUGACCUUGUCCAGGAUAAUAAGGCACUGUUGGCAUCAUCAGUUGCUGCCCGCUACGAGAACAAGUUACCGUUCCUGUUCAAGAUCCUUUCCAUCGGCAAGGCUCUCUCGAUUCAGGCGCACCCCAACAAGAAGCUUGCCGAGCAGCUGCACGCCCGAGACCCGAGGAACUAUCCCGACGACAACCACAAGCCUGAGAUGGCGAUUGCCAUCACCCCGUUUGAGGGCCUCUGCGGGUUCCGCCCCUUGGAGGAGAUAGCACACUUUCUGAGAUCGGUCCCUGCACUGCGCCAGCUUGUGGGCGACGACAAGGCCAAGGAGUUCGCGAAUCUCGUGGAGAGCACAAAGGAUGAUGAGUCAGCGGAGGCAGUAGAGCGGAGAAAGAAGGCGCUGCAAAAGGUCUUUGCGGCGGUGAUGUCGUCCUCUGAAGCCGACAUGGCUGCUGCCACCAAGGUGCUGGUCGAAUCGACCGCCAGCGCCGGCUCCGACUUCGCGGGCGGCGGCGUCAGUGCCACGUCCGGGUCGGUUCUUGCCGAGCUGGUGACCCGUCUGCACGGCCAGUUCGGGCCUGAUUACGGGCUCUUUGUGCUUUUCUUCCUCAACUACGUCACGCUGCAGCCCGGCGAGGCGCUGUUCCUCCGGGCCGACGACAUCCACGCCUACGUCAGCGGCGACAUCGUCGAGUGCAUGGCGAGCAGCGACAACGUCGUGCGGGCGGGCUUCACGCCGAAGUUCAAGGACGUCGGCACGCUCGUCAACAUGCUCACCUACAACUACGCACCCAUCGAUGAGCAGAAGAUGCACCCCGUGGACUACCCGUACGCCACACUCAACCGGACAGCCUACAGCUCCGGGUCCGCCAUCACGCUCUACGAUCCCCCAAUUGACGAGUUCAGCGUGGUGCGGACCAACCUCAGGGGCAGCGGAGCCAAGGCGACCUUUGACCCGGUCGACGGCCCCAGCAUCAUCAUCUGCACUGCCGGCAAGGGCAAGAUCUCGGUGGGGCCGACGGUCCAGGAGAUCAAGGAGGGAUAUGUCUUCUUUGUCGGGGCAACUGCUGAGUGUGUCCUCGAAUCGGAGGGCGCGAGUGACGAUGACGAGUUUAUCACUUUCAAGGCGUUCUGCGAGGUCGAAGAUCACCGCAACGGCACGUCAUAGGGGCGAUAGCAGGCGUUUUAUGGGCCACGGGGCAGCGUUGAUAGCUAAGUCGUUCUAAAUACGACACAGUCCAAGUGUUGAAACCAAAGCAGAACAGACGCUGGCUCUCUCUUG